UGAUUGGUGAUAGGACCGCGUGUUCAAAAUGAAGUGUCUAGCAGCGUUCGUACUGCUUGUCUUAGCCGCUGUGGUUUCAGCUGAACAGGUGUCAUACCGGAAUUACAAAGUGUACGCAACACAGACCACCUCUCGCGAGCAACAAUCACAACUGAAACGAUGGGAAGACCUGGAGGGUGUUGAUUUCUGGGACCGUGCUGGUAAACGUGUCAUGGUUCAUCCCCGAUUGCAGCAAAAAUUCGAACUGUUUCUGAAGGCUCACAACAUUUCGAACCAGCUCAUCAUUCAGGAUGUUGAUGCAACCAUUGAAGCAGAGCGCAAAUACGAUCGCGAAUAUCGGCAGAGUCGUAUCGGCUCAGGACGCCACACAAUCAGCUUCGAUCACUUUUGGACUCUUGACGAGAUUUACGCCUACUUGGAUGAACUCGCUGUAGACUACCCAAGUUUAGUUACAGUGGAAAUUGUGGGUCAAACUCACGAGGGUCGAGACAUUAAAGCAAUUACUAUCUCAACAUCUAAUGGACAGGUCAGUGGCACAAAACCAGUGAUUUUCAUCGACGGAGGAAUCCAUGCUCGUGAAUGGGCAGCGAUUAUGUCUGUAGUAUAUUUGAUCCAUGAGUUGGCUGAACACAGUGACCAGUAUGCUGACAUGUUGAUUAAUGAAUGGGUCAUCGUGCCGGCAGCCAACCCGGAUGGGUAUGAGUUCUCACGUACAUCGAAUCGAAUGUGGCGAAAGAAUCGCUUCCCUCCUACCAUUUUGUGCACUGGCGUUGAUCUAAAUCGGAAUUGGAACUACCAGUGGGCAUCUAGUAGUAAUGCCUGCUCCGACACUUUCCCAGGAUCUGCAGCUCAUUCGGAACGUGAAACACAAGCUCUGGUUGGACUGAUGAACCGCUAUUCAGCUAAUCUCAAACUGUACUUAGCUGUUCACACCUAUGGAAACCUGAUUCUAUAUCCGUUCGGAUAUGCUUGGCCCUCCGUACCAGUUUCGAAUGCUGCGGAUCACAUUGCCAUGGGAGCAAAAGCCGCUGCUGCAGUGUCGGCUGUCGGUGGUCCUUCUUACACCGUAGGAAACAGCGCUGAUGUUCUGUACACUGCUAGUGGUGCGAGCGAUGACUACGCAGCAGGUGCUGCCGGAUUCACUUACUCCUUCACGCUGGAACUGACUGGUGGUGGAAAUCAAGGCUUCGACUUGCCCGCUUCCCAAAUCGCUGCAGUUGCCGGUCAAACUUUUGAGAUAUUCCGAUCAAUGGCUAAUGAUAUUUAAAAUAGAACGAACAGUAUUUGGAAUAUUAUAUAAAAGUAGUGCUAUGUUGUCGACCUUGUUGGGUUUUGUUACUCUACGAGGGAACAUAUCACAAAAUGCUGUACCUACUAGCUCGCGUUACAUCUGACGAAUUUCGCGCACCCAUGUUGGCAGCACCCUCUCAGAUUCUAAUGAAACUUUCUGUACAUGAAGACUUUGUCACAAAAAGCCACUUUUCAUAUUUUGUUUUUCCAAAAAUGAUCUAGACUGUCUUUUGAAAAGAGCCAAACU